AUGGACAUGAUUCUUAUGGAUGACAAGGGCUGUAAGAUUCAGUCUACAGUUAGGAAGACUUUGAUUUAUCGAUUUCAGUCUUUGCUAACUGAAGGACGCGUAUACAAGAUUUCAUUCUUUGGUGUUGGUGAAAGUGGUCGUGAUUUUCGCCCAACAAAUCAUCCGUUCAAGAUCAACUUUGAUAUUCAGACUUCUGCGCGAUUGCUUCCUAACAAGGCUAUCAACUUAACCCCGUACUCUUUCGUUCCACUUGGUGACAUAGUGUAUAAGGACCUUGAUACAUCAUUCCUUAUAGAUGUAAUUGGAAUUCUCACUGGAGCAAGAGGAGAACAAGAGUUCAAGAAAGAUGGUACUAAACAGAAAAGGAUAACUAUUGAACUUGACCAAGAUGAGUACAUCUCAUGUUCUUUGCCUAUUUAA